AUGUCUUUUCAAGAUAUAAGCCUAGACGACUCCUUUUUUUCACCUUCAUCCUCCGAUGGAUUGAAUAGUAGUAAUAGUUUCUACAGCCUCCCUUCUCUUAAUCAAACAUUAGAUUCGCACUUCUCAGAUCUAUUGAAAAAUUUCAACAUUAUCCAUAUUAAUGCCCAGAGUAUUCCAGCACAUUAUCCAGACAUGCUCUCCUCAUUUGAUAAUAAAAACAUUCAUGCUAUUUUGAUAUCUGAAUCUUGGUUUAAGCCAUGUUUGUCCUCUACAUCAUAUGCUCUUCCAGGCUUUCAACUAAUAAGGAAUGAUCGGAUUACUCGGGUUGGUGGAGGUGUUGCUAUCUACCUUCGGUCACACUUACCAUUUACAAUUAUAAGUAUGUCAACUGACCAGGGCACUACAGGAGCUGAACAUUUAAUUAUUGAAGUUUUUUUUUCUGGUUCCAAGCUACUACUUGGCGUGUUUUAUAAUCCUAGCCUUACAGUUGACUACUUUUCUUCGUUUGAAAGCCUCUUAGACAAAUAUAUCCCUCUGUAUCAACACUCUAUCAUUAUGGGUGAUUUUAACACGUGCCUUCUAAAAAAUGACUCGCGCUCCUUUCGAUUGAAAUCUAUAGUUCAAGCAGCUAACUUACAUAUUCUCCCUCUUUCUGCUACUCACUUUUUUCCAAAUUGUUCGCCAUCUCUUCUGGACCUUAUUCUUGUUUCUUCCAUUGAUCAUGUUGAUAAACAUGGUCAGUGUCCUGCUGAUGCAUUUUCAUAUCACGACUUGAUUUACUUAUCUUACAAAUUACGACCACCUAAACCUAAAUCGAGAAUCCUUCUGCUGCGUAAUUUUGAUGGUAUGGAUUUAGAUCGUCUGAGAGAUGAGGCUGCGAAGAUCGACUGGAAUGUUGUUCUUACUGGAGCUAACAUUGACGAAAGGGUUAAUAGCUUUAAUUCUCUUUUAAUACAACUCUACGACGUUCAUGCUCCAAUUCGGCCGGUCCGGAUUAAGCAUUUGCCUGCUCCCUGGCUUACUCAGGAGAUCAAAAAUUUGCAGCGUAAGAAAAAUUUUGCAAAAGCCAGGUAUAAAUUUGAUAACUGUAAUACCAAUAGAGAUAAAUAUAAAAAAAUUCGGAAUCACUGCAACAGGUUGUGUAGAGAUAAACAACGACGCUAUAUUCAUAAAUCUAUACUCGAUGAAGAUAAUUCCGGCAGAGUAUGGAAAUUUCUUAAGUCUCUUGGAGUUGGGAAAGCGAGUCAAAAUAGUAGCCCCAAAAAUAUUGACUUAAACCAGCUAAAUCAGCAUUUCUCUUCUUCUUAUGCCAUAGAUGAGGUCACAAAAAUACAAACUAAAACUCAAAUUUCAGCUUUACCCAAAUCUGACAAUCCUGCGUUUAUUUUUAGUCAAAUCACUGAUAGUGAUGUUAAGAAAAGCAUUGUUGAGGUCAAUUCUGAUGCAAUUAGUACAGACUGCAUUAGUCGUAAAAUGAUUAUCCCUAUUGUCGAUAUCUUGACUCCUGUUAUAAAAUCCAUCUUUAAUUAUUCCAUUUCAUCCGGAAAUUUUCCCUCUUCCUGGAAAGAAGCCCAGAUUACUCCUAUACCCAAAAAAGCAAAUCCCUCCAGUUUCUCUGACUACCGCCCCAUAUCCAUAAUUCCAUUCCUUUCAAAAGUUUUUGAGCGUAUAGUCCAUCGACAAUUGAGCAUCUACUUAUCUAGGUGGAGUCUUUUAAAUUCUUUCCAAUCCGGUUUCCGUGUUGGUCAUAGUACGACUACUGCCUUAGUCAAGAUUACAGAGGAUAUUCGUCUAAGUAUGGAUAAACAGCACGUAACAGUGUUGACCUUACUUGACUUUAGUAAUGCAUUUAACAAUGUGGAUUUUGAUCUACUGUUAGCUAUCUUAGCUUCUCUUAACAUAUCUCCUGAAGUGAUUGACUGGUUUCAUAGUUACUUGUUUGGUCGCCGGCAACGGACACGUGUAGAUGAUUCGUUCUCUAACUGGUGUACGAUUAAUGCAGGUGUACCGCAAGGUGGCGUGUUGUCUCCUCUCCUCUUUUCAAUCUUCAUUAGUUCGAUCACGCUCCAAUUAUCUUCUCGCUACCACCUGUAUGCAGAUGAUCUCCAAGUAUAUGAGCAUGCCAAAUUGAUGGAUUUACCCAAUACUAUAGGUUUAUUAAACAAAGAUCUUGACUUAAUUGUGGAUUGGUGUAAGUCAUACGGUCUUAAAGUAAAUCCAUCAAAAACAAAAGCAAUAAUUAUAGGCAGUCAAAAAUUGGUUAAUCUUAUAGAUUUUUCUUCCCUACCUGGUAUUAUUUUUGAUGGGACACCUGUGCCAUAUAGUGACACCGUUAAAAAUCUAGGUGUUACUUUUGACAAAUUUUUAUCUUGGGCUCCACAGGUAAGCGAGGUAAGUAGGAGGAUGUUUGCGUCGGUCGGAUCUCUCCGUCGAUUAAGUAAUUUUUUACCCAUACCUACCAAAAUUGCGCUUGCACAAUCACUUCUUUUACCGAUUCUCGAUUAUGCUGACACGUGUUAUCUCAAUUUAAAUGAGGAGAUGCUUAAUAAACUUGAGCGCAUUCAGAAUCUAUGCAUACGGUUCAUAUUUGGACUUCGAAAAUAUGACCAUGUCUCCGAAUAUCGCGAAAAACUCAAGUGGCUUCCGAUCCGUCUUCGCAGGAAUACUCACAUUCUUUCUCUUUUAUACUGUAUACUAUUCAAUCCCACUUCCCCUACUUACCUUAAAGAGCGAUUUGAGUUUCUUGGUGACAAUCACUGUCGCUCUCUUCGCUCUGAUAAAAACCUCACCCUAAAAAUUCCAUCUCAUAACACUUCCUUCUAUUCUAAAUCCUUUUCUGUUGAAGCUGUUAGGCUCUGGAACUCCCUACCGCUGCACAUUAGAAGUGCGCAGUCUAUUGAUAAGUUUAAAAAACUUGUCAAAGCGCACUUCUUUCCUCCUUAA